AUGGUAUCAAACCUAAGAUUGAACAGGAUUAAAAGUGCAUUCACGCUACUUAAAAACAACUUGAACAAUAGGGAAUGGAUAAGCGAUAGUCCGGAGAGAGAGUGGACAAGUGGUAACCUGGAAGUUGAUGAACUCAUCAAAUCUACACAGAGUCCUGAGCGCAAGAUUCAGCAGCUUGAAUGGAUCCCCUAUAAAGAAUUACGAAAGAUCAAGCAAAUUGGAGAAGGCGGAUUUUCCAAAAUCUUUGUUUCCCAGUGGGAUAGGUUAAGCGAGAAAUGUUGUCGUUUCGUGGUCUCCGGCAGUGCCGAAGAGAGAAGGUUGGAUGGGGUCGACAAAAGGGUCAUCCUGAAACAACUCAAAAAUUCUGCAAAUAUAACAUCGGAUUUCCUCAAAGAGUUGAAAACUUAUUACACGCGUUAUUCUCGUGACUACGGUUUCUUCUUACUAUUGCGUUAUUAUGGGAUCUCCAAAGAUCCGUUAACCAAUGAAUAUAUCAUCGUAAUGGAGUAUUGUGAACAUGGUUCUUUAACUUCUUACCUCACUGAAAUAACGGAACAUUUCGAAGUCAAGUUAUACGUCCUCGUCAACAUGGUCAGAAAGAUCAAUGCGCUCCAUUCGUUUGGAAUAGUUCACCGUGACUUGCACAUGGGAAACAUUUUGCUCGACUGUGACAUGACGCCACAUUUAUCGGACAUGGGAUUAUCGGGACCCGCUAAUGCCGAAGAUUAUAAUAGGACCGAUGAUUUCGAUGAAAACGUUAGAUCAUCGUUCUUGGAUCUAAUCGAAAUCUCCCUUGGAGACACCCAUCCGGAGGCCAUAUACACUAGCAGAUUUAUUCCGUAUGUUUCAUGCCAGGAAAAUUGA